UCUGCCCGCUGAAUAACAAAGGGGGGACAGAUCAGUCCGGCUCUCCUUUAUCUCUUUUCACCUAUUGCUCUCCUCAUCUCUGUCCAUCUCUUUGCUUCAUCUUCAACCCUCCCACGCUGCUCUCCAUCUCCUCUUUCUCCAUCAUCAUUUUCUCAUUCCCCCUUUCUUUUGUUCUCCCCUUCAGUUUUGUCCUCCUUUUCUUCCCCUCCCCUCAAUCCGUCUCCGUCUUCCCCCGUGCAACAGUGUGCAGCCCCUCGCUCCCCACCACACAGACAGAGACAGAGCGGCUGAGAUGAACAGGAGAGAAGGAAGGGAGGAACAAAUACGUAAAGAGGCGCGGAGGAAUGACGGUCUGGUUUCGGGGUGAAGAGGGGUUUACUCUGAGAGAGAGGGUCUGUUAGGAGUAAGAGACCAGAGGCAUGAGAGGAAGGCAGCUCCAGUGACAGCGCAGACAAAGGUAGCUUCAGAGUGCGUGUCUGCCGCUCAUUUCAUUCACACACACACACGCACCCACUCUCUUUUUCACUCACACACCCUCGAGCAAAAGCAGCCGAGCUGUGUGGGUGUGAGGCGGCAUGAGAAGUGAUAUCUGUACUUCCACACAUACAACCGACUGACGGACUCACUUGAUCACAGAUGACACACACCUGCUGGGUGCGCGCUCGCUAACACACCUUAAUUACAUCACACACACACACGCUCACACACACCUUUACUACACUAAGAAGUCAACAUGGGUCUGGUGAUGGGAACCUUCUCCCUGCAGUCCAAGCCGGCGAUGUAUCGCAAAGACAGACCCGACGAUGACUUGGAGAUGACCAUUGUGUGCCAUCGGCCAGAGGGCCUCGACCAGCUCAAAGCUCAAACCAAUUUCAGUAAAAGAGAGCUCCAAGUUCUCUACCGGGGCUUCAAGAAUGAAUGUCCCAGUGGAGUUGUCAACGAGGAAACCUUCAAGCAAAUCUACUCACAGUUUUUUCCACAUGGGGAUGCCAGCACUUACGCUCACUACCUGUUCAAUGCUUUUGACACCGGACACACAGGAUCAAUAAAGUUUGAGGACUUUGUUACAGCUUUAUCCAUCCUCCUAAGAGGUUCUGUCACAGAGAAACUCCAGUGGACCUUUAAUCUCUACGACAUCAACAGAGAUGGAUACAUCAACAAAGAGGAGAUGACAGACAUUGUCAGAGCAAUAUAUGACAUGAUGGGGAAAUACACAUACCCUGUCCUGAAAACUGAUGCACCCAAACAACAUGUGGAUGCCUUCUUCCAAAAAAUGGACAAGAAUCGAGACGGUGUCGUCACGCUUGAUGAAUUCAUCCUUUCUUGUCAAGAGGAUGAAAACAUCAUGAGGUCUCUGCAGCUUUUUGAAAAUGUCAUCUAAAUGGCAAAUGCCAGGAGGGGGCGGAGCAACAGGUGAAAACACAGAGCAAGAGACGAGGGAAGAAAAAGGAUAAGGAGAAUGAAAGACGGACAAAAGUCUGCAGGAUCAAAAACAUUAAAACCUCAGAGAGAAGUGAAACAAGAAGCUUUAACUGCCACUUUGGGUUUAGAAAUGUAUCUCUGCUGAACAAACCUUCACUGGUUUUUGAAAUCCUCUUUCAGAUUCAUUUGGUCUUUCUCUGAGUGUCUACCUCGUCUCUGUCUCCUUCAUUUAUCACUGUUGUGGCUUACUUUCAGCUUGGACUGUAUUUGUUUUGGGGGUUUUUGCCACUGUGUAAAUAUGCAGCCAGUCUCUCCUUUGGGCCAGUCUGUCUCUUGUUUUGAUCUAAAAUGCAGCUUACAGGUGAACUAUCCUAAGCAACGAUCUGUUUACAGCAUUAUUUCAUGUAACAGUGCACCAAAAAUGAGCAAGUUUAUGAAGCAUGUAGGGCAGAUGCCCACAUUAUACUGUAUUUAGUGUGUAUUUGGAAAGUUUGUCUUAAUGCUUACAUUUGAGAGCCCAUAGCUUUGCUGCGCUGAGCUAAGUGUCCGUUAAGACAUCAUAAGUCAGUUCCUGACCGUUGUAACAACUAAGCUGUGUUAUAGGUAUUUACUUGUUGUUUUUGUGGCUUUUUCUUACUCUCUGAUGUCUGUCUGUAUUUCUUAUUCUGAUACCUGUCUGUCCUGUUGUCUGAGUGGCUAUAACUCUGUAAUUAUGCUGCCUGUCUCGAUAUCUGCUGAAUAAAGAGCACAUCAGUUGGCUUACAGGUAGAGAGCAACACA